AUGGGAAAUUGUGUGAGUUCAGGAAAACAUCAAACUAAAACAAUUGAUGCUGCCAGUAAUGCUAUCAGAACAAUAUAUGAUAAAUAUAAAUAUAUUGAUAAUCGAAAGUUUCUUAACGACGAGAAUUGUAAUUAUCUAUUACCAAUUGAUGAUGAAGAAAUAACCAGAUUACAAUCUCAACAUUAUCUUUACAGGUACGCAUGGGGAGGGAAUUUUUCUAGCCCAAUAGAAGAACUAUUUAAUGAUAACAAUGGUAACGUUACGGUUCUUGACGUGGGAUGUGGACCAGCGACAUUUUUACUCGAAAUGGCAUCAGACUUUCCUCAAGUUAAUUUCAUUGGAAUUGAUGUUUGUCCCAUGUUUCCUUCACAUAUUAAACCUUCAAACCUAAAAUUCAUUCAAAUGAAUAUAUUUAAUAAUGACGGAUUAUGUCAAUUACCAUUUAACGAUAAUUCCUUUGAUUUCGUUUAUCAAAGAUUUAUGGAUUUGUCACUUAAAGAAUAUCAAUGGUCGAAUGUAUUGACUGAACUAUGUAGGAUAACAAAACGUGGCGGUUGGAUUGAAUUGAUGGAGACCGAUUUACAAUUUCAUAAUGAAGGAGAAAUUUCUGCUGAAUUGAAAGGAUCGAUAUUUUCAUCUUUAAAUUCUUUGACGAUAAAUCCAAGGAUAUCUCAACAACUACCUCAAUUACUUCUAAACACAAACAAAUUAACAAAUUUGGCGCGUCAACAACAGCUUAUUCCAUGUGGUUCUUGGGGUGGAACCUUAGGCAACCUGGCUAAAGAUAAUGUCAUUGCAUUCUACCGAUCUAUCCAACCUAUAAUACAACCUGAUAUGAAUAUAAGUGCUAACGAAUAUAAAAAUAAGUGUCAUUUGAUAUUCAUUUCUUUACAUUUUUUACCCACAACCUCUUUACCCUCAAUUUCGCCUAAAAAUCAAGAAAAGAUGAAUAAAAAUCAGCUAAUCAAUUAUCAAUUGAUCCUUCACGCACUUGGAAUUGCUUCUUUUAGCUACUCAUUUAUUAUCUUACCUUCUUUAGAAAGAUCAGACACUUUAAUUUAUCAAUUCACUCAUCUGACAAUAGUCGGAUUACUUUUUUCUUUAUUCGCUUUUAUUUUUGCAUUACUUUAUGACUUCUUCACUGUCAAGGUGAUAUCUUUCUUGAAGGAUUGGUUUAUGGUUGUCUGUGUACCAUUGGAAGGGUUAAUUGCUGUUCUUUAUUGGACCAUUAUAACUUACGAUGAAAAGUUAUUAUUGACAAAACCAAGAUUACCGAUAUUUAUUGAUUUGGGAUUUCAUUUGAUUCCAGCAGUUUGCUUAUGGACAGAUUUCUUAUUUUUCACAAAGGAAUUUAGAAAAUCUUACACUCAUAUUCUUUAUAUAUUUGUAUUUGGUUUCAUUUACAUAGCUUGGAUAAAUUUUUACUUUAUUACCUUUGGUGAAUGGCCUUAUCCUUUGUUGAAUGAUUUGGAAGAUCCGCAACGUUUUGGUUGUUAUUUCGCCUGUAUUGGUUUAUGUAUUGCAGUUUAUCAUUUAGGCAAGUUCUAUAAAAGAGCAUUUUCCUUAAAAGGACGCAAAAAUAUGAGCUCAUUGAAUUUCCAAUCUUUAGGUGCAUUUGUUCAUGCAGCUUUAAAUAAACCGGCUAUAGCUACGAAAAUUCACCAAAUUGAAAAAUCAAUUGAAAAAAAAUUAAAUUGA